AUGUACGCACGCAACUGUGGAGUGAACCUUUGUCUAUCUGGUAACGGAAACUUCGAAGACCCUGCGCCACACAACUCAUCAUACUCAGGACAACUUUUGGCUGCACAGCACCUAGACUCUGCUCGAGAGGAUCUGAAGCUCGACAUGAGAAAAAUGACAAACCUUACGCGCCGGGAGCCCUUCAUCGGCGAUACAAAUUCAGAUACCGUCAACCUGGAAUACGCAGACAUGUCUAAUGAUCGUUACAGAAAUAAGUCUGGUCCGGUUACUCAUUUCAAGCCGUCCAAGCCGAGCCCACUCAGUAAGAAUCUGCUUGAGGAGCAUGGGCUGUCCAUGGUAGAGGAGGCUAUGUUCUUAUUCAUGAUUGAUACAGCCUGUCUUAGCCGGUGUAGGAUAUGUAAUGGAGAUUCGGAGCCCAUCUUGGCAGGAACCCGACACGACUGA